GUCAAAAGUUUAAAUACUAAAAUGGCGUGAAAAGUUAUUUAAAAUUAAAUAAAUGGGGUGUGGCUAUCUAUAGCUGAUUAAAAAAUCUUGGUAAAAAGUUAAUUUGAACUUUAGUCCGUCUUGCUGUGCAGUUAGGAUAUACAUGCACUGCUAAGAAUUACAUUCACAAUUUUUUAAAAAUGAUUCUCCAAAUAUUUAUGCAAGAUAGGCGGUUUAUUUGAAAAUGUCUCGAUUAGCAGACUAUUUUGUUGUUGUUGGAUAUGAUCAUAAAAAAGAAAGAAAUGGCAUAAUACUUCAAAGAUUUCCAGAUAAAGAUUGGCCUGAUACACCUUUCAUAGAAGGAAUAGAAUGGUUUUGUCAGCCUCAGGGAUGGACCCUUUCUACAGAAAGACAAGAGCCAAGAUUUUUUGUAUCCGUACUUACCGAUAUAGACGCAAAUCGACAUUAUUGUGCAUGUUUGUGUUUUAAUGAGACUGUUUCUAUUACUCCUAGCAAACCUGUAGAUGAGGAAGAGGAUACCAUCGAAGGAGACACAUCUCUUAGACCUAUCAUACCCUCUGUAUCACUUCACAGCAUUAUGUAUGCACCAAAGUGUCUAGUGCUGGUUUCAAGACUUGACUAUAUAGAAACAUUCAGGAAUUGCUUGGGUAUAAUAUACUGCGUCUACGUCGAAAAUAUGCCAAUACCACUAGAAACUUUGGUUGGAAACAUAUUAGGUUGUAUUCAAGUGCCUCCACCUGGUGGUCCUCAAGUUCGGUUCAGUAUUGGGGCUGGAGACAGGCAAGCGUUGCAGCCCCCUCUGUCUCCAUCAUUGCCCGUUACUCACACGUCUGUAAAUUUGCUCUUCCAGCAACUUGGAAUAAAAAACGUCCUAGUGUUAUUUUGUGCCAUAAUGACUGAACAUAAAAUUUUGUUCCAUUCGAAAGGCUAUAACAGAUUAACCGAAGCUUGUAGAGCUUUGACAGCGCUGAUGUACCCGUUUCGAUACACUCAUGUCUACAUACCUCUGCUGCCCGCUCCUUUGGUUGAAGUUCUUUCCACUCCCACUCCAUUUAUUAUGGGUGUCCAUUCGUCUCUAAAGGCGGAAGUAACGGAAUUGCUAGACGUUAUUGUAGCCGACUUGGACGGCGGUUCGAUAAGCAUACCCAGUGGUGUAACGGUACCUCUGCUCUCUGAUCCAUUACUGAGUAACACACAAGAAGCUCUCAGUUUAAUUUUGCAACCGGAACUGUGUUUCGCCGAUCAUGCGUUCCCGCCUUUAGCAAUAAGGGCGCCGCAACCGCUGAUGUUAGACAAGGAAAUAAGAGCCGUGUUCAUGCGAAUGUUCGCUCAAUUGUUGCAGGGCUAUCGAAGCUGUUUAACGCUCAUUAGGAUACACCCGAAGCCCGUAAUUACUUUUCAUAAAGCUUCGUUUUUAGGAGAGAAAAAUUUGAAAGAUUGCGAUUUUACGACGCGGGUACUAGAUUGUAUGUUUUUCACCAGUUUUAUAUCGGAAAGGGGGCCCCCGUGGCGUCCGUGCGACGUAUGGGACGAGUUGUACAAUAAUCUGCACGACAUGUUAAAAAAAGAGCAGCAAGACUCGCGUUUCGUGCUCGCGCACAUUCAAGAACUUGCGACUCAGUUGUACACGAAUGAGAUACCGAAUCCCCAGUCGUACGCUCAGAAAAUUCCGAUACCGCCCGAGGGAGCAUUCGCUCGCAUACACCAACCCGUGUUACCCACCAUAAAUGGCGAUCUGGUUGAGGCGAUUAUUAACGAAGGAAUGACCAAAAACGAUUUGAAGUCCAGUGAUGAUCUAAUUUGGCUAUCUUCGUUAAGGCCUAUUCAACCGAGAAUAGUUCCUAUCGGACCACACAUAUCGAAUUUGCGGGACAACAAACACAUGGUCAGCAAUUCGGCUAGGCGGUUGGAGGUUUUGAGGAAUUGCGUAAAUUGCAUCUUCGAAAAUAAAAUUUCCGACGCCAGGAAAACGUUUCCGGCCGUGUUGCGGGCGCUGCAAUCGAAACAAGCCAGAUUAGCCUUGUGCAACGAGUUGUCCCAACAAGUCAGUGGCACGAAAGCCAUGCUAGAAGAUCAGCAAUUCGAUUUGGUCGUGCGUUUGAUGAAUUGUGCUUUGCAAGAUGAUAGUUCGAUGGACGAAUACGGGGUCGCCGCCGCGUUGUUGCCUUUGGCCACCAUAUUCUGUAGAAAACUUUGCACCGGAAUAAUCCAGUUUGCUUACACUUGUAUACAGGAACACGCGGUUUGGCAUAAUCAACAGUUUUGGGAAGCGGCCUUCUAUCAGGACGUUCAGAAAGAAUUAAAGGCUCUCUACACGUCGAGGGUGGAAAACAUCGGUGCGAAAUAUUCAAGCGAACUGUUGAGUCCUACGUCUUCUCGUGAUAAAGACUACAUGUGGCAUCGGAGGUCCGUGUUGGCUCGCAUGCACGAGACUUCGGCACUCGAGAUUGCCGCAGAACAAAUGAGGUUAUGGCACAGUAUCGACCCGGAAAAGCAAAAGGAGCUGGUAACCUGCGAGGAGAACACCAUGUACAGUCAGGCCAUACAUUACGCCAAUAGAAUGGUUUAUUUGCUCAUACCGUUAGACGUGGGAAACAAGGCUAGUAAACAGGAAAUUUUCGAUGACGAACGAGCCAGCAACAGUAUAGCGAACAGUGUUGCUGAAAGUGAUAGUGUAGAUGCAGAAUCUGGUUUUGAGGAUCAAGAUCCAAGCGAAACUGGCAGCACCGUCAUUCGUAUAGUAUCCCGAUUCAUAGAUCGCGUUUGUAAUGAGGGUGGUGUGACGAGAGAGCACAUCCGUAAUCUGCACCAAAUGAUCCCCGGAGUAGUGCACAUGCACAUAGAAACACUCGAAGGUGUUUAUAGGGAGUCAAAGAGGAGACCACCAAUUCAGAAGCCCAAGAUUUUGACCCCAAACGUGUUAAUAGGGGAGGAAUUGAUAAUGGACGGUCUGAGGGUGUAUUUGUUACCUGAUGGUAGAGAAGAAACGAUAACAGGGUUAUUGGGAGGUCCGCCAUUGCUACCUGCAGAAGGAGCAAUAUUCCUUACCAAUUAUAGGAUUAUUUUUAAAGGAAUGCCGUGUGAUUCGUUUGCUUGUGAACAAGUAGUGGUCAGAUCCUUUCCGGUCACAUCUUUAACAAAAGAAAAGAAAGUAACGGUUCAGUAUUUAGCGCAUUUGGAUCAGUGGCUGCAGGAAGGACUGCAGCUUCGCUCCUGCACGUUUCAAUUAAUGAAACUGGCUUUCGACGAGGAAGUAACCGCGGAAAAUAUCGAUAACUUAAGGAAACUUAUCCACAAAGUGCGCCAUCCGCCCAACUUCUGGCAUUAUUUCGCCUUCGCCGGACAAGUCGUGGUAAAUGAAACGCCGCUGCACAAGAGCAAGGAGAAGAACGCCACCUUGAGGGGCUUCGCCAAGAAGACUCUACUAAAGACCGCGAGAAAGGUUGGAGUCAAGCAAAAAUCUUCGUCCAAGAGACAGAAAUAUGUGCUUCCAAAUAUGAGUAUUAACAGCAGCAACAAGUAUAUGACAUCGCCGGGUAGGAUGGGUCUACCUGUUAACGACUACGGUAACGACGACGACAUGUCGGUCGACGACUUUGAGCCUAGCGCGUUGCCCGCCACACCCACUCAAACCGACGCGAAAACUUUGGAACGGAUGGUGGAAAGGAGCUACGUGAAGGAUUGGCAGAGGCUAGGGAUUUGCUCUCCUAUUAACAAUAAAGCCGGCCAGGAUCAGUUUCGAUUAACUUCGAUCAAUUCUAUUUACACAGUGUGCAGAAGUUAUCCGGCUUUGUUGGUAGUUCCCGUUUCCGUUAACGACGAUAGUAUAAGAAGAUUCUGCCGGUGUUACCGGCAAAGUCGAAUACCCUGCAUAACCUGGAGACACGGUCGUAGCAAGGCUUUGCUUCUGCGCGGUGCCGGUCAUCACGGCAAAAGUGUGAUGGGAAUGUUGAAAAGUCACCCGGCUCCGAACACGUCCACGGAAAUGACCUCCUCUUCCGAACAGGAAAAGUAUUUGUCGGCUUUGGUCGCGGCCACGCCCAUUUUUUCGCAGAGGCCCGGAUGGGAUAUGUCCGAUAGUUGCUUGAGCAUCGAUUCUUUGCUGUUAGCUACCGAGGAUCCCCUGGCGUGUGCUACCCUCACACCCGAAGUAGCGCGAAAAUCGAAUCCUUUUAAUAAAGCGAUCGGUACUUUGGGUGUCUUUCCGAGACACUCCGGUGGCAAGGGUCCAAAAAAUUUCGGUAGAUGGGGUUCAUUGAAAGACAGGAGGCAAUCAUCUCAAGCCUCUUUGGCGGCACAACAAAAUCGUACUACGAUGAGGCAUUCGACCGAUAUGGACAGUGCAGCCGACGGAGUCCAUACCUUGCAACGAGCGGCAUUGUAUAUUCUGGGUGAAAAGGCUCAUAUGAAGGGCAUAAAAAUCGAAUCUGCGCCAAAGGCGGAAUUUAUUCCAGUCGAAUAUUAUGAUGUCAGACAUACGAAGGCAGCAUUUAAAAAGCUUAUGAGGGCGUGCAUUCCAAGUUCUCAGAAUGUCGAACCAGAGCAUAGUUUUCAUAAAUUGAUUGAAAAUUCGGAAUGGCUUCAGCAAAUUCAAAACAUAAUGCAACUGUCUGGCGCCGUGGUCGAUCUUUUGGAUCUUCAAGGUUCCUCGGUAGCAAUAUGCCUCGAGGACGGCUGGGAUAUAACCGCGCAAGUGUCCUCUAUCGCGCAACUUUGUUUGGAUCCCCACUACCGAACCAUAGAAGGUUUUCGGGUACUCGUGGAGAAAGAAUGGAUCGGAUUUGGUCAUCGAUUCAGUCACCGAAGCAAUCUCAGUGCAAAUUCUCAGGCAAGCGGUUUCGCACCAACAUUCCAGCAGUUUUUAGACGUCGUUCAUCAAAUUCAAAAACAAUACCCUAUGGCGUUCGAAUUCAAUGAUUACUAUUUGAGAUUUCUGGCGUACCAUUCGGUUUCAUGCAGAUUUAGAACGUUUUUGUUUGAUUGCGAGUUUGAGCGGGUUGAAAGCGGAGUGGCGGCUGUCGAAGACAAAAGAGGCUCGCUGACGUCACACCAUAAAAGCGUCGAUACGACCUCGGACGACGAAAACAUCUAUCCUGGAGGACGACUGUGCGGAACGACGUCCGGAACCAAUCUGGGACAAAGCGUGUUCGAUUACAUUGAAAAGCAACAUGCUAGGAAUCCCCUCUUCUUCAAUUUUAUGUACACGCCCGACAUUGAACAUCCUGUUUUGAGACCUCAGAGCCAUCUUCCGUGUCUGGAAAUUUGGAAUUACUAUUUAGAUGAAGAUUUACAUCAUGGGCCGAGCUACGACUUAGAAAUUAUCCAGAUGGAUAUGCAACAGGAGGAGGAAGCGGAAGCCGCUGAUGGUAUAUCUACUAAAUCAAUGAGGAAGAUUGUUACUUUGGGGUACAACUGUGUCGACAAAGCAGUGCCGGACGCCUUUAGCCAUUUGCUUGAGGAAAUUCAUAAACUGGAAAGCGAAUUGGGACACCUGCCGCAAAAGUGGAAAGUCCUUUGGGAUAAAUUGGAUAUUCCGGUUACCGAUUCUUUAACGCGUCAUUCUUCCUUCAAUACCGCACUUGUUCGAUCGCAUGGUCGGCUGGUGCACAAACGUUCAACUCUGGAAAUACUAAUGAGAGGUAAAAUGGUGGGAGCCGCGGAAUCGUCAUUGGUCUACUCUCAUCCGCAUAGGUUCGAGAAGUAUAAUUAUUCGACCCCAUCUCAUUGCGAUCUGUGUUCGAGUGUACUUUGGGGGCCUGUUAAGACGGGCAUGCGAUGUAUGGAUUGCGGCUAUAGUUGUCACGAAAAGUGUGCCGAGAGUGUCCCAAACAAUUGCACGAAAUAUAAAACUAUUUCUGACACGAGUACUUCACAGACAAUGCAGAUUAACACCGGAGAUAACGGAUCCGUUAGUUCUGGUAGCGCACGACAAACGUCUAGUCAACAAUACUACGAGCAAUUCUCUUCCAACGUAGCAGAAAACAGGACUCACGAGGGAUAUUUGUACAAAAGGGGCGCGUUGUUGAAAGGAUGGAAGCAGCGCUGGUUUGUGUUGGACUCGAUUAAGCACCAGCUUAGGUAUUAUGAUGCCAUGGAAGAUUCGCAUUGCAAAGGAUACGUCGAUUUAGCAGAAGUGGUAUCGGUGAAUGCGGCGCCACCAGCACCAGGUCCUCCUAAGAAAACGGAUGAUAAAGCGUUCUUUGAUUUACGUACUAGUCGUCGAACCUAUAAUUUUUGCGCGACAGAUUCUGCCUCCGCUCAAGAGUGGAUCGAGAAACUUCAGGCGUGUCUGCAAUAAACAAAAUACUCUUAAUCCAAAGUUAGGUAAUCAGUGUUGUCUUAAAAUCUUAUUGUAACAGUUAGCCAAUGAUAAUAUUUUAUAAUUAUUUAUGUAUUUUUUACACAAGGCGAAUGCACAAAUAUGUUAGUUUACGUUUUACGUUUUUGUAAUAUAGUGGAAUUUUAUAUUUUUUUAUAUUAGUUGUACAGCAAAGCUCAAAUAUAUAGAAUAAAUUGUUACUUUCAUUGAACUUUCCGAGUUUAUGUCAGUUUUUUUUAUUGUUCCAUUGACAUUGUUUUAGAAUUGCUUUCACCUAAAAGUUGAUGUUGGUUCAUGGUGUAAUUUGCUGUCUAUCAUUCAAAAAGUGACCCAUCACGAACAAGAAUAUCUAGUUCAGUUAAGUUAAGGAGAAUUGUUACAUGAAAAGGGCAAUUCUACUAUACAAAUAGUUUAUAGUUAUGAAAGCAAAGCGUGAGCAAUCCUCGUGAGAUGUGGGUCUUAUCAAACGGUAGAAUUUGAUUUUUUUGUUAUGUCAUUUUCAAUAUAUAAGGAGCACCAUUGAAUUUCUUGAACCAAACCUAAAUUAAUUAUUUUUUUUUAAAUUCUAUCGUUUUAUAAAGGCAUGAACGCUUUACAAUAAAAGCUCUAGUUUGUAGUGGUGGUUUUAAGCAUUGUUGGUGGUUAAUUCUGAUCAUUUGUAAAGUGCAUGUCAUUUCACAAUACAAACAAAUAAAACUUGUCAGACACAAAACUGGAA